CUUUAUCCUUCCAAUCGAUCCUUCCUUUGUACAGAGACUGAGUCCUGUAUCUUCAACAAACCUAGAACCAAACCAUUCCUUACCGUUUGCACAAACACAAACACCUUCAAUUCGACUUAAGAUUAUCGCAACCUAACCUUUCGCACAUCGCACCCGUCACCCGGAACUCACAUAACGCACAAGCCAAUUUAAGGCCAAUACAAACCUACGAUCAGCAACAUCGUCAUGUCUUCGACUACGAUGUCUCUUGCUCGCGCAUUCACUCGACGAGGCAAGCGAAGCGUCGACAACACACUGCAAACUCCCCAGCGUGGUACAAGUGUCAGAUAUGCACAGGGAACAAUCAAUCGCAAUUUGAUCUCGCUCCCAACCGAGUUGAUCUCCACUACCAAUGUUCAAGCAUUGACUGCACCAGACAUCCGAAGCGUCUCAGGUUCUUCGUCGGCCUCGAUCAUCUCUAGUGGUAACGAGUCUGAUUUCUCCACCAUCGAUCGAAGCUUCCUCAACAACUCUGGUAGCGACGCUUCGUCCAUUGACAGUAGUGGUCCGGCAACCCCCAUCACACCUGCCGACAAUGGCAACGCCUUCUUCAACGCGAAGGAGCCCAUUUCAGCGGUGCCCGCCCUUGCUUCUCCUGCAUUCGAGACACCGGCCAUUCCUCAACGUGCUCCAUCUCACUCCAAGAAGGCUCACGUCGAAUUGUCACGAAAGCGAUCGAUUCAACGGAUGUCACCUCCACCAACAACACUCAACAAGCCCGUCGUUCGACGCAGUGCCGAUAUCUUUGGUGGCUCUGCUGACCCCAACCAUCCCUUCGGGAGAGAGCUGGCUCAGGUCAAUGAGGUGGCAGAAGAAUUCGGCGCAACGGCGAGACUGCUGGAAGAAGAAGAGCAGGAGAUCCUGAGCAAGGGCUAUCGCAAGUUUGGCGUGGAAGAAUAUCUGGACGAGAUUGCCGGCUUGUACGGUGGUAUCUUUGAGGAUCAACUCGGAUCGAUUGCAAAGCCGUGGAUCUGAACAAGAUUCAAACAGAGUACGACACCAGAUUCACGACUUUAUGAUCACGGGGAUUCCACGCGCAAAAUUGCUUCUUGAAAUGGCUGGCUGG